UCUCUGUGUCUUGAUCUACAUUCAAUCCUGUGAUAUUUCUUUCCCCCUGGCAAGCUUCAUGGAACUGCUCCUGACAUCUGCUACUGAAUAAGAUGGCUCUAAGAUGUCAUACAUAUAUGAUAACUAAUUAUAGUGGAAGCUCAGAAUCUCAGCAUUACUUCUGAAGUACUUCAUGAUGGAUAAAACCACUCCAGAACCCAACACGGAUUCAUCUGUGGCAAACAGCAGUAAGUCACAGUUUGUGCACUUUGAAUCCUGCCAGCCAUCUCUCCUUCUAUUCUUGUUGCUCAUCAUAGCGUAUGCUGUGGUCAUGCUGGUCGGACUUCUGGGCAACCUUUGCCUAAUUGUCAUCAUCAAGAAACAAAAACAAAGUCAAAAUGUGACCAACGUUUUGAUUGCCAAUCUUUCCGUAUCUGACAUCGUCAUUUGUGUCAUGUGCAUUCCUUUUACAGUUGCAUAUACCUGGAUGGAUUACUGGGUUUUUGGGGAGGCUAUGUGUAAAAUAACUGCUUUUGCGCAAAGUAUGUCUGUCUCCGUUUCUACAUCUUCACUUGUGUUAAUUGCAGUUGAGAGGCAUCAGUUAAUCGUGAACCCCCGUGGUUGGAAGCCCAAUGUUUCACAUGCGUUCUGGGGAAUUGUCUUCAUUUGGGCAUUUGCUCUAAUAAUAUCCACUCCCUUCUUGAUAUUCUAUCAAGUUUCUGAGGAUCCCCUAAAAAAUCUCUCUUCUCUUGGUGAGAGCUACGUCAGCAAAAUGAUCUGCUUUGAGGUGUGGCCGUCCAUUGAAGGGCAGCUAGGCUUCACCACCACCAUGUUAGUUUUCCAGUACUUCCUUCCACUAGGAUUCAUUUUCAUUUGUUACCUAAAAAUAUUUGUGUACCUGCAGAGGCGGUACAGUAGAGUGGAUAAGGUAAGGGAGAAUGGGAGCAGGCUAAAUGAAAGCAGGAGGAUUAAUGUUAUUUUAGUUUCAAUUGUUGUGACCUUUGGUGCCUGCUGGUUGCCUCUGCACAUAUUUAACAUUGUGUUUGACUGGAAUUAUGAAACCUUGAUGCAUUGCCACCACAACGUGGUCUUUACUUUGUGCCAUUUGAUAGCCAUGAUCUCCACGUGUGUCAAUCCCAUCUUUUAUGGAUUCCUCAACAAGAAUUUUCAGAAAGAUGCGGUUGUUUUGCUUCACCACCUCAAAUGCUUUGAAUCUCAAAAGUUAUAUGAGAACAUUGCCCUUUCAACUCUGAACACUGAUAUGUCCAAGGGAUCUCUGAAACUCAGCAGCAUGCCUGAAAACCUCUGAAGCAGGCAACUUUCCAAUCAUUUCCAUAUCUUUCCAUUGAUCUAUGUAUUGUGUUGCUGAAUUCCCCUUGUGGGCAAGUGUGGUUUUUGGGGUGAUGAAAUCAAAGGCCUAGUACUGUUGUGCUAGAAGCAGACACCACCUAAAAGAUCUUCCAAAUGAAUAAAGCAAAAAUUAAUUAUUAACCAUAGCAGUUUUAACUCCAUUGCAAGAGUAUCUUUUGUUCAAGUGCUGAACAAGUGCUGUGUGAAAAUUCAGAAAAAGAUGCACCAUGUUGCUGGGAAAUGAUGCAGCAUUCCUUGUGGUCCAUGCAUGAUUCCCAUGAGUCUCUGGGACAGCCUCAAAUAUUUCUUCUAAUGAACUAAUGGUUUGAAGGGUCCCUGGUGCUUUCUGAGGUUGGUUCUUUUCUUGCAGACAUUUCAUUACCCAAAUUAUGUAACAUCAUCAGUGCUAACACUUACUUUAAUGCCCUUAUAGUCAUUAUAAAGA